UACUACUGCCUCUUUUGCUAGACAUCAAUGUCUGGGGAGUAGACGCUGUCACCAUGGCCCAGUUCAAGGAGGUUCUGGAUGGAGUGCGGCUGGCUCUGACCAGGGCCUCUCCUGCUGAGAUCCAAGUUUUGCUGGAGGGUUUGGUGGAGGAGCGGAUAAUUUCAGAGGCCUACGGCAAGAGCUUAUGUUUGGAUCAGCUUAUUAAGAGGAUCGCACCAGAGUCUAUUCGCAGAAAACCAGCAUGGAAACCAGGAUCUGAUCAGAUUCAUUCCCGAGAAUCCACCACCCAUCAAAGUCAUCUUAGCCAGGUGAGGAAAUCUGGGUCAUCAAAGUCAAGAGAAUCAGCCGUCACUGACCACAACCAGACAAGACUGGAGACAGUGCAUGAAGAUCACGGCACGAGCUUCAGUCCACAAAUGCGCUGUGUGUCUGUCGACCAAGUUGCUUGUGGAAAUGAUCCUAAACUAAUUCAGGAAUUAAGUCGGGGACCAGAGAUGGACGAACACUGCCUUAAUCACGGGAUCAUGCCUACACCGACAUGUGAAGACCAGUACAAGUUAAGAUUCAGUUAUGAAAUCAUUGAGCCACAGACACCAAUAAGUGAUAAUGAAAGAAUGGUGGAGGGGAAUUUGGAGAAUGAGAAGGAGUGGUUAGAGAGGUUAGAGGAGGUGGCUAGGAGGAUGGCUGUGCCUCUAUGGCAGCACUGGGACAGAGGAUGGAGGAUGUUACUGCCACUGGUUCCCUGUCUGACUACCGGCUGUGAAACAAGUGAAAACACAGUGGCAGACUGUGAAGCACAAUGCCCUGAUCUGAAUAUGGAAGUGGAAAGAGAGCUCGCUGUCACUUGCAGGAUGCUGGAUUUGUACACUGACGACUUUAUGUGGACAGGGGCAGAGGAUACGGACACAAGUUUCACUCUGGAAACAGACGGAGUCGGUGACUCACUAAAAGGCCUCUGUUUUUCCCCAUUCGAGAGUGUGGCACCAAUUGGGUGGAACGCGGACCAUUACAGCAUCCCCACAGCAAUAGGAAAUACUUCACCUGUUGAGGCCUGCACAGCGACAGGCACCAACCACAACAUCGCAGACACCUUUCUGGAGGACCAACUCAGUGCCUGCUGGGUAGCUGGCGGGACAAUAGACACGACAGACGGCCUAGCACUUUUGAUAGGAGACGCACAAUGUAGCACAGAAGAUGGAUUUACAGAUUUGCUUUCACCUUGUUCUCCAGAAGAGACUCACACGAAUGCACAAGAUAACUCAUGUUACUCAAAAACAGAUCAUAGCCUGACAUUAGGAGUUACAGACAACUCAGAAAAUGUUCUCACUGCUCAAAGCACAGCAAGCUACAGCACUGAUAGCAUAACAGACCUGCUCGAGAACAAAGUGGAUGAGGAGAGAGUGGAUUCACACUGGGGUGCCAGGAUGCAGGAAGUAGAUCAGGACCCAUUAAUCUCCUCAGAUUUUGCAGAUCUACCAGGUGCCAAGAUGCAGGAAGCAGAUCAGGACGCAUUAAUCACCAUAGAUUAUGGAGAUCUUCCAGAUGAUUUAUCUGAAUUCCUGAACGAUGAUUACUUGAUGGCUUCAGAUGGGCUUUUCGGUGAUUUGUGGUUCAGUUGUGAGGAAUUGAACGACACCAGUGACGCUGCUGUGCCAGUAGAGCUGCCCUGCCCAGGCAGCCACCAGCAGAGACAGAAGGACAAACUGAUAAGAAAAAGAGACAACAGGAGAAAAAGACAGAGAGUUUCCCGGUCACAGCGGUGCACUGAUGAGAACACGCCAUCCAGACCAAAAAGGAACAGAUUAGCAGGCAAACCACAAACAAAAGAAGCACAGGAUGAGCCAGCUGUCACUCAGGGUACUGAUGAGAGAUUAGAGCCAAGUCCUGCACAGACAGCAGGAGUUACCACCACUCCACCAAGAAUCCUUCACCUUCAUCCCUCCUUUCAGUUUAUCACCAUCCCAGAUGCUCCAGGAUAUCAGGUUGUUCAGACUCUGAGGCUCUCUCCCCCGGUUAUUAGAAUUCCUCUUCCCAAUACAGCUGCUACACCUACAUACAUAUUCGUUCCUGCUACCUCACCACCCUGCAAACGGCAAGUGCAACCACUCUCCCCGGUGGACGGUGCUGUAGCGCCAGUCCAGAUGAGUUCAUCGCCACCAGGAUCUCUGUCAGACACCGCUAGCAAAGCCAUGUGUCCCCCUUCUACCUCACCACUCUCCCCCAGUAAUGACACGUCUCCAUGUAAAGAAUCACCUCUUCCUCAGUCUCCCACUGUCCUGGAUAUUCCACAGGUUGUAAAGGACUACAUUCAGGAAAUCAAAGCCCACAUGAUUCAAACUUGCCAAGACAUGGAGGAGGGCCUAAGCAUGAACUCAAAUUACGUGAAUAUGAAAGUGUGCCAGAGAGACAUUCUUCGCUCUGGAAAAAACACAAACAAAUGCCUGGACAAGGAGCUGGUUAUCAUGGGAGAUACAGAUCGGCAAACAAGUUUGCUGGGACAGAGUCAGAUCUUCGAAGGCUCAAAUGGAAAUAAAUCCAAGCGCUACAUAUUGCUGUUUGGCAAUGCGGGCAUGGGGAAAACCACCCUGAUCAGGAAGCUGUGUCUUGACUGGUCCAGAGACUGCAUCCCACAGUUUGACUUCGUCUUCUUAUUAGACGGCAAAGCAGUCACUUUAACAAAACCGACCUUCAGCCUUCAGACCCUCCUGUUAAACCUCUCUUCCUUUGCCCCUUCUUGCAUGGAUCCCGAGGCUGUGUACGCUCAAAUCCUUGCAGCCCCUAAGCGGGUGCUCAUCAUUUUUGAUGGGUUCGAUGAGUUGCGGCACUAUGAAAAUCUACUCCAGACUCAAGAAAAAGACUUGAUAACAGCUUUGCAGAAAGACAGUAAAGCGCAAACCUACACAGUAAGACAGUUAUACUCCGCCAUCCUUCAGAGGGUCCUUCUUCCAGGAUGCACUCUUCUGCUCUCUACACGGCCAAGAGGCACUGCCAGCCAGCUUCUGCGGAGGGCAGACAGCUUUCUGGAGGUGUGUGGCUUUACUCCCACAGAUGUAGAGACAUAUUUGUCACAGUACUUCACUGAUCCUGCCCUCAGAACAUCUGCUUUGGACUAUUUAAAAAACUGCAGCUAUCUGCAUCUCCUCUGCUGGAAUCCCGCACUGUGUCGGUUGGUAUGUUUGGUUUUGGAACAGUCCAGAAGUUUGGAGGUCUUACCAAAAACUUUAACCGGGCUCUGUCAUCAAGUGCUUCGUCUGAAAAUGGAAAAGGACAGAGGGAGCACACAAUCAGAGGCUGAAGAUCAAACACAAACAUCCCUGCAAUCUGAAGAAGAAACCCAGACACAAAUCUCCAGCAAUAAUCAAAAGAAAAGAGGUCACAAAAAUACUCAGACGAAGUCCCAAGCACAGGCUCCGUCUCGCACUCGUACUCGUGCCCCUAGAGCAAGGAAAGCAACCCAACAGGAGGAGGAGGAAAACGAAGUGGAUGCACUGGAGAUGAACAGUGCUGAAAGGGAGGUAGAUAGAACAGAGGAGAAGGAGUUACUGUCCCAGCUGAGCUCUUUGGCAUGGGAAGGGGUCAAAGCCAAUUCGUCCGUCCUUUCCACAGCACGGACCUUAUCUGCCAAACUCAAGGCUUUUGGCCUCAGGACAAGGCUCUUCCUUUCCCACCCACUGAGGACAAGAUUGGACAUCUCAAGUGGUGACAGAGUUGGAGAAGGAAGACAGGACAAAGACGAAAUGGGAGGGGGAGAGAAAGGAGACAGGAAGGAGGACAGAGAGAGGACGGAUUUUGGAAACCUUGAUGACAGUAAUAACCACAUCCUGCUGUGGGCUAACCCUUUCCUUCAGAGUUAUCUGGCAGGUGUCCAUCUGUCUUUGUCAAGGACUGUAUCAGACCGUACCUUUCUCCAGACCCUCCCUUUCCAGUCGGGCCCCAAGGGACGAAGGCGACCUCAAGGAGAGGAACUCGAGCUCACUCAACGAUUUGCAGUCGGCCUCCUGUUCCACGACAGAACAGAGCUGCGGAGACUUCACUCAUACACAGAGACAUCCUUCAGAGACAUGUUGGGCAGCAAGCAGGCUUUGGUAGCAAAACACCUUGAAGGUCUUUCUUAUGGUGACCUGAGUCCUGCCCAGGUCUUGGAGGCAUGUCACUAUGUUUAUGAAGCAAGUUUUACGCAUGGGAAUGGGAGCAGAGGCAGUGGCAGCACACGACUGGUAGCUCACCUAGCAGCGAAUCUUCCAGAAGUCUUGACAUUUCAUGGAGUUCCACUCAACCCACCGGAUGUGUUCACUGUGCAAAAUGUUCUCGAAAGGGGCGGAACUGAAGGGAGAAGUUUCUGCUUGGAUCUGGAGGAUUCUGGGAUACAGGUUUCUGGACUGAGAGCACUGGUUGGGCUCAACAACAUCAACACAUAUAGGGCGUGCAUUGCUGACGUUAUCACCCUGUGGGAGCAGCUAGAGCAGAAUGGUGAGGAGGGGCUUCUACAAGGGGCGGUGUCCAAGUUCAAGAUCCACCCUUUGAAAGCCACACAAGUGUGUCAUGUAGAGCACCUGGCUAAGCUGGUGAACAUACAUAUGCAUAAGAGGCUUUCGGACAGUGGCAGCCAAUCAGAUUCCAUCCUGGCGGAGGGAGUACCAGCGGUCAAAGAGCUACACAAGCUGGAGUUUGAGCUUGGUCCAGAGAAAGGUCCCCUGGGUCUUCCCAAACUGUGGGAGCUCCUGCCAGGUCUGCAUAACCUACAGCACUUAGAUCUAGAGAACAGUAAGUUAGGGGACGAAGGAGCAGACAAACUGACUGAUGCUUUAGCUUCACUCUGUUCCCUGGAGGUACUGAAUCUGUCACAGAACUGUAUAGGAGACCAUGGGGUGAAGAAACUGGCCAUCACACUGAGGGAUCUGCCCAACCUGCACUGUUUAAGUCUCUAUAGUAACGUGAUUUCUGACGAAGGGGCAGAGAGUUUAGCAGCUGUGCUCCCACACAUGGCCUCUCUCACUGACCUAGACGUGAAGUAUAACAAGCUGACAGAUGUCGGAGCGCAGAGCCUCGGGGCCAGUCUGAGAAACUGUCAAAAGAUAAAGACUUUAAGGAUGUGGAAUCAGUGUAUUCCAUACGGAGUGUUUGAGCGUCUUCAGCAGCAGGACAGCCGGAUCCUUUGGCAUUAGAACAAGAUGAAACCUUUAUACUAAAAGGCUAUGGACUAUUUACUAUGCACCUCAUGCUCACAUGUUUGCACUACACUGUACAUUUUCUAAAGCAUGAAUGCAUUAGAGAUAACAAGCAGGAACAGGGCCUAAGGCAAACAAAUCAGUUUAUUGUUACAGGGAAAUAAUUCAUUCUUCAGCACCGCACAGUACUGAAUGUGUGUAUACAUUUUGUGGUAAUGCUAGCUCAAAUUCAAGAAGCACAUUUGCACUAAGAUGUUGGACUAAUUUUUUAAAUGUUACCAAUUAUAUAUAUUUUUCUAUCUGACGUAUUUGUCUAAAUGAUAUGUUGUUGUUUUUUUAUGUGUGUUUUGUGGAAAUAAUGAUAUAUUUGUUUACACUCUUUCUAUAGCUGUAAAUUCUAUGUAAAUAAGCUAAAAAAUCACCUGAAACUUAAAUAUAAAUACAUGUUGUUUCAUGUUGUCACGAGUUAAAUGUCUUCUGUCUUCCUUUUUGUUACUCACUUCAAAUGUUUACUGAAGUCAUCGGUUUAUUAAAAACUUCUUUUCACUUC